AUGACGAAGAUCGAUGGAAACUCAGGAGAUACCCAAAAAGUCACUGUGUUCAGGGAUGAGACACAUUUGAGAGUUAAGCUCAAGGAAACAGAAGUUGUGAUCGAAGUAAGAUAUUUUUACAGAGACUACAUAGUUGCAGACAUCAUGGAAACUCUGAGCAAUCUUCACAUGGAUGCUUUCUCUGUUAGAUCUCACACAGCUAACGGGUUCCUCACACUGAAUCUCAAGGCAAAGGUAAAUUCGGACAAACAUUCUUCUUCUCGGUGUUUGGAAAAGACAAAUUUUGAUUUGCUUGACUCACAACGUUUUCGUGGGGAUGGAGUUGCGUCAGUAGGAAUGAAUAAGAGAGAGCUGAGGAGAGUCAUUGAAGGUGAGGUCACCACCAUCUGCUCAAAAGCGAAGAAUCCUUCUUUUUGCUCCAACUUCUUUAAAUCAACUCCUCAAACCAAAACAUUGAAUCUGCCUGGUGUCGCAAAGUUUUUGAUCAAUGAUGCAUCACGAGAAGCUUUAGAUACACAAAAGCAAUUCGAAUCACUGGUAAAAGGCGCGGCUGAUCCUCGUUCCAAGGAUAUUUAUACUCAAUGCUCAGAGAAUUAUAAAAAUGCACUUAAUGAGUUUAAUGCCGCUCUCCAAGCUUUAGCAGACAUGGAUGGUGGCAGUUUAAACAUUAAAGUCUCAGCUGCGAUGACAGAAGGAGAUUCGUGCAACUCGGAGUUACCAAGAGUUAAAACUAGUCCACAACUCUUAAAAAAGAUUUAUGAUAUCGACAAUCUGUCAGGCAUUGUAUUGGUGAUUUCUAACAUACUGCCUAAGAAAUAA